AUGGGAGCUCUUGAAAAACCCGACCAUCAUCAUCAUCAUCUCCACGACCCGCAAGAAGAAGAGGAAGAAGCUCUUUCUCUCUGUGACUUUCCUCUCGACGAAAACAAUGGCAACAAUUUUCAAGAAACGACAACAAGAAGCCACAGUAAUUCUAAUACUACUCGACGAACAUCUUCAUCUUCAUCAACCGAGCCCGGCGACCCCGAAUUCUUCGAGUUUCUCAGCAAUCUCAGCUCCGAAAUGCGUGCCGCUGAAGAUAUAAUUUUCUGCGGAAAACUCAUCCCUUUAAAUAUUAAUGAACAAAAUCCUCCUGUUUAUCAUCAUCAUCAUCAACAACAACAACAGCAAUUCUCAUCGAAAGGUUUCACGAAGUCGUCGAUUUAUGAACACAGACACGGCGAUUUUCGCCGGAGAUCGGAGUCUCUUUCUGAGUUACAGAGCUCUCGUUCUAAGAGUAAAAUCUUGAGAAGCAGUCGGUCACUCGACUAUCAGAAGUUGCACCGCGUUUCGAGUUCGAAGACCUCGCCAGACUUCGAUAUGGAGCGGAAUUCAUCCGUCAGAAGCGUCGGAAAAUCGGAUAAUGUUAAUAAAAUUCGGGCGGUGAAGCCGUGGUGGUACUUGUUAAUGUUUGGAAUGGUGAAGUUCCCGCCAGAGAUGGACCUGAGAGACAUCAAAAGCCGCCAAUUCCGUCGCAAUUCAUCCGUGAUGUUCCCUUCGUUGGACGCGGCAGGGAAUUUCCCGGUUAACCGGAGCUCUACCGCCGGCGGGAAGACUUCUUGGAGGUUUCUCAAAGCAUUAAGUUGUAAAGAUGAUGCUAGUGUGGCCGUAACGACGCCGUUGUGCAUGCCACACGCGUGA